GGAAAUCAAUUCCACUUAAUUCUUUCUUUAAACAUCUUUCUCUACCUUUCCUUUAUGUGUCCGAAAGGUUGACACUGAAAAACAAAUACGUUAAAAACAAGUCAGAAAAAAAAACACAGAAUUCUUAUUCAUUAUUACCUCCACCAUUAUUCGCGUACAUAAAAUCUACAAAAAAACAAACAGUACAUUUCGGACUUGAAUUUCUGGAAAAAGCCAUUGUUGGAAUGGUUUCGCUGCUGCCGUCGAUCUACCGAAGACAAUGUCCCCACUUGAUGAUCCUGUCCAGCCGGAGCUUCUUCAAGGCAUGCUUCAAGGCACCGUAUCUGAAGGGCUCCACGACGCCGGCCAUUACCGAGUUCUCCAAGAAAAGGACGAAAUCGCAGUCCCAACCCUCGCAGCCCUCGCAGUCGCAGUCGUCGCAAUCCAGUCAGGUUCCCACACCACAAAAGGCCCCACCGACUCCAUCCCCACCGCCGUCAGAGGGCACAACGAGUCCUCUGGGGAACAAGAAACCCUGUGCACAACCCAUAAUACCCGAUCAGCGGGCGAAAUGGAUGGCCAAAGUCUCACCGGAAAUGAAAAAGAAGGCUCAGCUAUCAGCUGGCAAGGGAAAUCCACCUCCGAAUCAGCCAAAGAACAACUUUAAUCCCAGCAAUAAUCCUAACUUUGGGACUCCUGGCCAAAGUCCUGUGCCAAACUUCGGUGGAAUGCCCAGAAAUCAACAGCAAAAAAAACCAGACUCUGACAACUCGGCAGCUAUCAAGGGUUCCUCCAGUGAGUCACAGCGACAAAGUUGGAUGAGUCGAAUGCAAGGAUCACAGCAGAAAAAGCAGGCACAGUGGCUCAAGGAUAUGCAGGCCAAGCAGCAGGCGGGCAGGGAUAUUCAAGCUCAGAAAGUGCAGAAAAUGCAGCAGGUGAUGCCGGGACAUCAGACAUCAGGUGAUGCAUCUUCGGCACACCAAGGAUCAGCAGUCGUCUCUCCCGCUGAACCGGAAAAGCCCGAAGAACAGACACCGGAACGCAUAGCCUAUUUGGAUGCCAUUAAGCAACUGAAUAGUUAUCAGGCUCUGGAGCCUGUCGCCGGCAGAGUCACCACCAAAAGUUUCAAGAAAGAGCUGGAUCCAACCAUAGAACAAACUCUAGAGUGUCUGGAGAAGACGGGUUUUAGCAGGGAUCAACUGAAGGCCAUACCCGUGAUCCAGAUAGCUGGCUCCAAGGGAAGAGGUUCAACUUGCGGAAUCGUAGAGAAUAUAUUGCGUUGUCAUGGUAUAAAGACGGGAGUCCUUUGCUCACCUCAUCUCUUCCUAACCAGCGAACGAAUACGAAUCGAUGGUGAACCCUUGGAUGAAGUGGCAUUCACACAACUCUUUUGGAAAAUCAAUAUGGAAUUGGCAAACGUGAAUCCACCGCCAUCUUAUAACAAAAUUCUGACAGUGAUGGCCUUUCAUGCCUUCCAAAAGGCUCAGGUAGAAGUUGCUAUCUUAGAGGUUGGUCCAGGAGGUGCCAGUGAUGCCACAAAUAUCGCUACGCAUGCCGAGACCAUUGGUAUAACCAGUCUGGGUUGGGAGCAGAGCUCGAAUCUGAGUAAUUCCUUGAGAGAUAUAGCCUGGGCCAAGGCGGCAAUUAUGAAACCGGCGGCAAGUAUUUACACCAAUGUAACCCAAACGGAAUGCUGUGAGGUUCUGGCCCAGAAGGCCAAUCAAAUUGGUGUGCAGCUGCAAAGGGUGCCCACUUUCAAUGACUAUAUCGAUGGGAAUGUGAGCAACAAACAGGUAAUGAACAGCGCCAACUAUACCAUGAGAUUGAAUGGUUCUUUGGGCAUACAAUUGGCCUAUGAUUUCCUACGGCGGCACAGACCGGAAUAUGUUGUUGGUGUUGCCGAUAACUCGACCAUGUUAACGCCAGGCGCAACACGUGGCAUUGAGACCUUCGAGCAACCGGGGCAAUUUGAUUUCAUAAAACAUGAUAUGUUCAAUGUAUAUCUGGAUAGUGCCGACACCUUUGAGUCCAUGAUGGCUUGCCAGAAUUGGUUCUACGGCAGGACACGAUCCAGUCGCCAGCCAAAGAUAUUGCUUAACAAGGUAAAUGAGUUCAAUGCCAAGGAUCUGUUGACCAUUCUUCGGAGUCAAGUACGCUUCGAGGAGGCCUACUUUGUGUCCUGUCCGAAAUUCUUUGAAGGUCAGACAGUGAUCGAGGAGGACGGCAAGGGGACGGUCUGGCACGGCAUGGAGGAUCUUCAAAGGGCCAGGCGAAAUGCCGGCAGUUGGAGAUCUCUGUGCGAGGAGAAUGGCAAAAAGGAUAGCUCACAGCUAUCCAUUUCAAUAAAUGCCUUCUUCGAUGCUCUACAAAAUAAAUACGGAAGACAGUCAUAUGGCAUGAAGAACGAAUUGGAUAUCCUGGUCACAGGAUCACGACAAUUAGUGGCCGCCACCAUAACAUGUCUUCGGAAAAUGAAAGCUUCGGCGAAACCAUGGAACGGACCAGGACGACGAUAGAUCGUGGUCCUUUGGGCAAUAUCCAAAUCAAAAAAUUGCAUCGUGAAAGUUUUCGUUAUUUUGUUUGAAUCAUUUUUACCCGAAAAAACUACACAUGCAAGUCAAAUUAAAUAAAAUGCUAUUUGAAUUAAGAGAA